UUUUAGUUUAUCUGGUGGUUUUCUUGCUCUUCCUACCCAAGACCUGAGGGUAAUCUUCCACCAAGGAACUCUACUCACCAAGAUGUACUCACCAACAGGUAAUGUGAAAAUGGCACUCCGGGCUGCACCACCACCUCCAAAACUAGCUCCGAAGCCUGGAAGUGUAAAGGUUUAUAGAGCAAUUUACAAGUACACUGCCCAAAGCGAAGAUGAGCUGUCAUUCGAGGCUGGAGACUUGCUGUAUGUGAAGGAGCCUUCCGCCGACCAGGUGUGGUGGACAGCGAGCUGUGGCACCAAAACCGGCCUGGUGCCAUACAAUUAUGUGGAGGAGCGCUCCGAGCCCUUGGAGAGUCCGCUGCACGAGGCGGCCAAGCGGGGCCACCUGAGCUUCCUGCAGGACUGUCUGCGCCACCGGGUGUCGGUGAACGGCCUGGACAAGGCCGGUAACACGGCGCUGCACUGGGCGGCGCGCGGAGGCCACCUGGAGUGCGCUGAGGCGCUGCUGGCCGUCCCCACCGUCUGCGUCAACGUGCAGAACAAACUGGGCGACACGGCGCUCCACCUGGCCGCCUGGCGCGGUCAGGCCGAAAUGGUGUCACUGCUGCUGCGCCACGGGGCCGACCAGAGCGUCUGUAACGGCCAGCAGCAGCGGCCGGCCGACCUGGCGCAGUCGGCCAGCUGCGCGGCGCUGCUCCGACCCAGGUCCUGCACCGACGACGACUACGGAGUCGAGUCCGACUCGGACUGACGCACAGUGUGACCUUUAUCUCGCAAUCGUGGACCAAAUGAGCUUAUCGUUUAUCUUAUGCGGUUCGUGCUAGCUGUGCACAAGCAUGGCGUUGAUGCGACGGAGAUUUAGUAUAGGUUCUGUGAAGGCUCUGCUUUGAGGCCGUGGUGCUAGCGUGACAAGAACUGUACUGCACAUUACAUAAUCAUAUAUUCCAUCUUGUCGUGAUACGAAAGUCGCCUCCUGCUUGCUUCGUGAGUCUUCAAAUAGGCAUGCGCCAUUUAACAACGAAAGUCACGAUAACUAGUCAUCGACUGAGAAAAAAAACACAGGGUUUCUUCCAACUCUUGCCGUUCGGGAGAGUAAAGACACAUCGCUCGCACAUCCGUUAUUCAGCGUCAACACCUUUGUCAACACAUCAUUGAGGUGCAAAUUGAUUUUUGUAGCGAAUCUGAGUUUCACUUGUUCAGAAUUAUUCCUGUUAUCUACAAUAUUGUGCUGAUUUUGUCCUAGCCAGACCGGAUCUCUUUUAUCUCCACCUUUGUUUCACAUAGCGCUGGGCUUUUCCCCAGAAGAAAAGAAGACGUCGCUUGAUGCCACUGUCAGUCAAUUUAUUUUGCAGCAAUCUUUUUUUUUCAAUCUUUUAUAAUCCUAUUGAUCUGAAGUCAGUUUUACCGACAGAAAAAUCGGCGACUGCCGGUAUUUUUACUUAAAGAGCCUCCCACUAGUUUUACCAGCCACGCAAAAAAAAAAAAAAAAACGCCGAUGUGACAGCAUCGGUGAAUUUGGCUCAUACUAAUUGUUCACAGCGGUUUUUUCCCGUGUGGCUGGUAGAAUUCGGGGCGACUUCUAGUCGCAGCCGGUGAUUUUUCAAACUGGGCUCAAGCCAAGAUUCUUGAUUUGGCAAAAAAAAUGCAUGUAUUGUUGCGUUAUCCGGUAUGGUUUUGGCGGUCCAAGAGAUUUGGUUUUCCAAAUUUUAAAUGAUUAUGCGCCCUCAGAUUAUCGGAUGAUGAAUAUGUAUGUGCCUACGAAUCAUUCCAAUUUUUCCAAAUGUCACCGUGCUACGCAUUUUGCUAGUGAUCCCAAGUAAAGUUCAAUGUGAACAUUAUGCCGAACUCUGGAUGCAUUGUGCCUACUGCUCCAAUGAAACGAUAGAUGCAACUGGCUAAUAAAUGAUCUACGUACCUG